CCGUUCUCCAGCGUUGGACAAAAAAAGGGUAGACGAAAAAGAAAGUCGGCGGAGAGAGAGAGAGAGGAAUGACGAUGGAGGGCAUCGCGAGCUCGCUCUCACUAGUAACUAAUGGGGGAAGCGGAAGCCUCCGCUUGUCAUCUGCUGCUCCUGCUCCUGCUCCGCCUAACUCCCCUUUAAAUAGCUGUUCAGCCCGUUUCCUCCUGGCCGUGGCGUCUUCCACCACCAGAAUGAGCGGCGGCCGUCGUCGAUCCGCCUCCCACAUCCCUUCUGUCACGAUCGACGCUGCCCCACUGCCACCUGCCACGUCCUUCGCUGCCCAUCGUUCAAAUUGCACCCCUGCACGGCCACACUUCUCGUCGAACCCCGGCCUCCCUUCCGCCAUGGUCGCCGGAGACAAGACGAAGGACAAGGACGAGACCAGGCCUACGCUGCUUACACUCCCCACCCUCCUGACCCUAGGCCGAGUCGCCGCAGUUCCCCUCCUCGUCGCCGCAUUUUAUCUCGACGGUUGGUGGGCGAGCACAGCAACCACAGGCAUUUUCCUUGCUGCAGCAGCCACAGACUGGCUUGAUGGUUAUCUUGCCAGAAAAAUGAAACUUGGCACUGCUUUUGGUGCAUUUUUGGAUCCUGUUGCUGAUAAGCUUAUGGUUGCUGCAACAUUGAUAUUAUUGUGCACCAAACGUCUAGAAGUUUCUGUGCUUGGAUAUGUGCCAUGGCUUCUGACAGUGCCUUCAAUUAUUAUCAUUGGUAGAGAGAUAACCAUGUCAGCAGUGAGAGAAUGGGCUGCUUCCCAGGAUACUGGUGUUCUUGAGGCUGUUGCUGUGAGCAAUUUGGGGAAAUGGAAGACUGCAACUCAGAUGAUUGCCUUGACGAUCCUACUGGCUGGCAGAGAUAGCAGUCAUGCUGGUUCAAGCCUUAUAGCUGCCUCUGGAAUUGCUCUGUUGUAUCUGUCGGCUGGGCUUGCCCUCUUGUCCUUGGUCAUGUACAUGAAGGGUAUCUGGUCGAUACUUCUGAAGUAGUUGCAUUUAUUCAAAGCCAGCCAUGGAAACCGAUUGUUUUGAUCUCGCCACAUGCUCUGACAACUGAAGAUUGAGUUACAUUGGUUAUCUUGAAUGCGCCACAUGAUUGGAUGAAUCAAGAUGUGCUGCGAUUAUGUUUUUUUGAGAUCUCUUUUUAGUCCGUCCUUGGUUGGUUGGUUUGAUCUCUGGCAGGACUGCCGACCUGAUGGGCUUUCACAACACCAGCAAAUUGCUGAUAAGUUUUCGUGUAAUUCCUUGUAGUCCGUCCUGGGGGCGAACUUGAUACAUGGUAACGAGCAAUUCUUUUGCGUAGUUCUAUAGGGAAUCAAAACGUGGAGAAUAAUAUAUGUAUUAUGCACAAUUUUUAAGAUUUAUAGGAAUUAUGCCCAAUUGGGUUGUCCCAUUUGGCAUUUGUAAA